AUGUGUAUUGUAUUUGAUCUCCAGGUGGCUGACCCCCUGGGACUUGGGACACCCCCCGUGGCCUCCAAGCUGGAGAAGAUGAUUCCCGGCAGAAUCACGCGGGUGCUGCUUGUCCUGGCCGUCACCUUGCCAGGGACCCUUGGAGCAGAAGGGGCCCCUGGCCGGCCUUCCAUGGCUCGAUGCAGCGUCUUCGGGCUGGACUUCAUAAGCACCUUUGAUGACAGCAUGUACAGCUUUGCAGGAGACUGCAGUUACCUCCUGGCCGGGGACUGCCAGAAGCACUCCUUCUCACUAUUUGGGGACUUCCAAAAUGGCCAGAGAGUGAGUCUCUCCGUGUACCUGGGGGAAUAUUUUGACCUGCAUUUAUUUGUCAAUGGAACCAUCCUGCAGGGCGACCAGAUGGUCUCCGUGCCCUACGCCUCCAAAGGGCUGUACGUGGAGAUGGAGGCUGGCUACUACAAGCUGGCCAGCGAGGCCUACGGCUUUGCGGCCAGGAUCGACGGCGACGGCCAGUUCCAGGUGCUGCUGUCGGACCGACACUUCAACGGGACCUGUGGGCUGUGUGGGAACUUCAACGCCUUCGCCGAGGAUGACUUCAGGACCCAAGAGGGGACCCUGACCUCAGACCCUUAUGACUUUGCCAACUCCUGGGCCAUGAGCAGCGGAGAACGGUGCAAACGGACAUCCCCUCCCCGUGGCCCCUGCAACGUCUCCUCUGCGGAAGUGCAAAAGGACCUGUGGGAGCGGUGCCAGCUGCUGAAGAGCGCCUCGGUGUUCGCCCGCUGCCACCCGCUGGUGGCCCCCGAGCCCUUCGUGGCCCUGUGCGAAAGCUCUCUGUGCGCGUGCGGCCAGGAGCCCGGGUGCCCGUGCGCGGCCCUGCAGGAGUACGCCCGGGCGUGUGCCCAGCAGGGCCUGGUGCUGUACGGCUGGACUGACCCCAGCGGGUGCCGUCCGGCAUGCCCUGCAGGCAUGGAGUACCAGGCGUGUGUGUCCCCUUGCACCAAGACCUGCCAGAGUUUGCACAUCCGGGAGGGGUGUUCCGAGGCCUGCGUGGACGGCUGCAGCUGCCCUGACGGGCAGCUGCUGGACUCAGGCCGGUGUGUGGACAGCUCUGAGUGUUCCUGUGUGCACGGUGGGAAGAGGUUCCCCCCAGGCUCCUCCCUCUCACAGGACUGCAACACCUGCAUCUGUCGGAACAGCCUGUGGGUCUGCAGCAACGAAGAAUGCCCAGGGGAGUGCCUCGUCACGGGACAGUCCCACUUCAAAACCUUCGACAACAGACACUUCACCUUCAGCGGCAUCUGCCAGUACCUGCUGGCCCGUGACUGCCAACACCAGGCCUUCUCCAUCGUGAUCGAGACGGUGCAGUGUGCUGACGACCCCGACGCCGUCUGCACCCGCUCGGUCAUCGUCCGCCUGCCGGGCCUGCCCCACAGUCUGGUGAAGCUGAAGCACGGUGGUGGGGUGGCCAUGGACGGCCAGGACGUGCAGCUCCCCCUGCUGCAAGGUGACCUCCGCAUCCUGCACACCGUGAUGGCCUCUGUGCGCCUCAGCUACGGGGAGGACCUGCAGGUGGACUGGGAUGGCCGCGGGACGCUGCUGGUGAAGCUCUCCCCCGUCUUCGCUGGGCGCACGUGCGGCCUUUGCGGGAAUUACAACGGCAACCGCGGCGACGACUUCCUGACGCCCGCGGGCCUGGUGGAGCCGCUGGUGGAGGACUUUGGCAACGCCUGGAAGCUGCACGCGGACUGCGAGGACUUGCCCCGGCAGCCCAGCGACCCCUGCGCGCUCAAUCCGCGCCAGACCAGGUUCGCCGAGGAGGCCUGCGCGAUCCUGACGUCCGCCAGGUUCGAAGCCUGCCACGCGGCCGUGGGCCCCCAGCCCUACCUGCGCAACUGCCGCUUCGACGUGUGCUCCUGCGCCGACGGCAAGGACUGCGUGUGCGACGCGGUGGCCAGCUACGCCGCGGCGUGCGCGCGCAAAGGCGUGCACAUCGGCUGGCGGGAACCCGAUUUCUGCGCCCUGAGCUGCCCGGCCGGCCAGACAUACCUGCAGUGCGGGAGCCUCUGCAACAGGACCUGCCGCUCGCUCUCGUACCCGGACGAGGCGUGUGCCGAGGCGUGCCUGGAGGGCUGCUUCUGCCCGCCCGGGCUCUACCUGGACGGGGCGGGCGAGUGCGUGCCCCAGGCCCAGUGCCCCUGCCACUACGACGGCGAGAUCUUCCAGCCCGAAGACGUCUUCUCGGACCACCACACCACGUGCUACUGUGAGGACGGCUUCAUGCACUGCAGCACGAGUGGCAGCCCCGGCAGCCUGGCGCCUGACUCGGUCUUCGGAAGCCCCCUGGCUCACCGCAGCAAACGGAGCUUGUCGUGCCGGCCGCCCAUGGUCAAGCUGGUGUGUCCCGCCGACAACCCGCGGGCGGAAGGGCUGGAGUGCGCCAAAACCUGCCAGAACUACGAUCUGGAGUGCAUGAGUGCCGGCUGCGUCUCGGGCUGCCUGUGCCCCCCGGGCAUGGUCCGGCACGAGAGCAGGUGUGUGGCCCUGGAGAGGUGUCCCUGCUUCCAUCAGGGCCGAGAGUUCGCCCCGGGAGAGACGGUGAAGGUGGACUGCAACACGUGUGUUUGCCGCGACCGGAAGUGGAACUGCACGCAGCACGCGUGUGACGCCACCUGCUCCGCCAUCGGCAUGGCCCACUACCUGACGUUCGACGGGCUCAAGUACCUCUUCCCCGGGGAGUGCCAGUACGUCCUGGCACAGGAUUACUGCGGCGGCAACCCGGGCACCUUCCGCGUCCUGGUGGGGAACGAGGGGUGCAGCUACCCCUCCAUGAAGUGCAAGAAGCGGGUCACCAUCCUGGUGGAUGGAGGCGAGAUCGAACUGGCGGAAGGGGAGGUGACCGUGAAGCAGCCCCCGAGAGAUGAGACGCAUCUUGACGUGGUGGAGUCCGGCCACUACGUCAUCCUGCUGCUGGGCCCGGGUCUCUCCGUGCUCUGGGACCGCCACCUGGGCAUCACCGUGGCCCUGAAACAGACAUACCAGGAGCGGGUGUGCGGGCUGUGCGGGAACUUCGACGGCGUCCAGAACAACGAUCUCACCGGCAGCAGCCUGCAGCUGGAGGCGAACCCCGUGGACUUCGGCAACUCCUGGAAGGUGAACCCCCAGUGCGCCGACGCCGGGAAGGUGCUGCUGGACGUGGCCCCCGCCUCCUGCCGUGACAACCUCCUGAAGCAGACGGUGGUGGACUCGUCCUGCCGGAUCCUCACCAGCGACAUCUUCCGGGAGUGCAACAAGCUGGUGAACCCCGAGCCCUUCCUGGAUGUCUGUAUCUACGACAGCUGCUCCUGUGAGUCGGUCGGGGACUGUGCCUGCUUCUGUGACGCCGUGGCCGCCUACGCCCACCUGUGUGCCCAGCACGGCCAGGUGGUGACCUGGAGGACGGCCACCUUGUGCCCCCAGAGCUGCGAGGAGCGGAACCAGCGGGAGAGCGGCUACGAGUGUGAGUGGCGUUACGACAGCUGCGGCCCCGCCUGCCCCGUCACCUGCCAGCACCCCGAGCCUCUGGCGUGCCCUGUGCAGUGUGUGGAGGGCUGCCACGCCCACUGUCCUGCAGGGAAGGUCCUGGACGAGCUCCUGCAGACCUGCGUGAGCCCCGAGGACUGUCCUGUGUGUGAGGUGGCCGGCCGGCGCCUAGCCCCAGGGAAGAGAGUCACACUGAACCCUGCCGACCCGCAGCGCUGCCAGGUUUGCCGCUGCGAUGGCGUCAACCUCACCUGUGAAGCCUGCGGGGUGCCCGGGGGCCUGGAGGUGCCCCCCACGGAGAGCCCGCAGAGCGCCACCACCACCCCUUACCUGGAGGACACGCCGGAGCCGCCCCUGCACGACUUCUACUGCAGCAAGCUCCUGGACCUGGUCUUCCUGCUGGACGGCUCCUCCAAGCUGUCGGAGGCCGAGUUCGAGGUGCUGAAGGCCUUCGUGGUGGGCACCAUGGAGCGGCUGCACAUCUCGCAGAAGCGCAUCCGCGUGGCCCUGGUGGAGUACCACGACGGCUCGCACGCCUACCUGGACCUGCGCGACCGCAAGCGGCCGUCGGAGCUGCGCCGCGUGGCCAGCCAGGUGCGCUACGCGGGCAGCGAGGUGGCUUCCAUCAGCGAGGUGCUCAAGUACACGCUCUUCCAGAUCUUCGGCAAGGUGGACCGGCCCGACGCGGCCCGCGUGGCCCUGCUGCUCACGGCCAGCCAGGAGCCCCCGCGCCUGGCGCGCAACCUGGCGCGCUACGUGCAGGGCCUGAAGAAGAAGAAGGUGGUCGUCCUGCCCGUGGGCAUCGGGCCGCACGCCAGCCUCAAGCAGAUCCGCCUCAUCGAGAGGCAGGCGCCCGAGAACCAGGCCUUCGUGCUCAGCAGCGUGCACGAGCUGGAGCGGCGGAGGGACGAGAUCGUUGGGCGCGUCUGCGACCUGGCGCCCCCGGCGCCCGCCCCCACCCGGCCCGCGCAGCCGCCGUCGCCCGUCGCCCGCGUCACGGCGGCUCCCGAGCUCCUCCUCGGACCGCCCACCUCGGCCCCCGCGGGGAGGAAGUUCAGGCCCCUGGACGUGGUGUUCGUCCUGGAGGGCUCGGACCAGAUCGGGGAGGCCAACUUCAACCGGAGCCGGGAGUUCGUGGAGGAGGUCAUCGGGCGCAUGGACGUGGGCCAGGACGCCGUGCACGUCACCGUGCUGCAGUUCGCGCUGGCGGUCACCCCCGAGUACACCUUCCGCCAGGCGCAGGCCAAGGGCGACGUCCUGCAGCAUGUGCGCGAGAUCCGCUACCGGGGCGGCAACCGGACCAACACGGGCCGGGCCCUGCAGUACUUGUCCGAGCACAGCUUCUCGGCGGGCGAGGGCGACCGCCAGCAGGCGCCCAACCUGGUCUACAUGGUCACCGGGAGCCCCGCGACCGACGAGAUCCACCGGAUGCCGGGGGACAUCCAGCUGGUGCCCAUCGGCGUGGGGCCGCAGGCCGACGUGCAGGAGCUGGAGCGCCUGGGCUGGCCCUACGCGCCCAUCCUCAUCCAGGACUUCGAGACGCUGCCCCGGGAGGCGCCCGACCUGGUCCUGCAGAGCUGCUGCUCGGGGGACGGGCUGCACCUCCCCACCCUCCCUCCGGCCCCAGACUGCAGCCAGCCCCUGGACGUGCUCCUCCUCCUGGACGGCUCCUCGGGCUCUCCGGCCUCCUACUUCGACGGGAUGAAGAGCUUCGCCAAGGCUUUCGUCUCGGCAGCCAACCUCGGGCCUCAUCUCACCCAAGUGGCGGUGCUCCAGUACGGCAGCAUCGUCACCGUCGACGUGCCCUGGACGGUCGCCCAGGAGAAGACCCACCUGCUGAGCCUCGUGGACCUCAUGCAGCGGGAGGGGGGCCCCAGCCAGAUUGGGGAUGCAUUGGGCUUUGCCGUGCGGUAUCUCACCUCCGACGUCCACGGAGCCAGGCCUGCUGCCGCCAAGGCCGUGGUCAUCCUGGUCACGGACGUCUCCGCCGAUUUGGUGGACUCUGCCGCUUCGGCUGCCAGAUCCAAUCGAGUGACCGUGUACCCCAUCGGGGUUGGGGACCGCUACGACACGGCCCAGCUGAGGACCCUGGUGGGCCCAGAGUCUGUCUCCAAUGUGGUGCAAGUCCAGAGGAUCGAAGAUCUCCCCGCUGUGGCCGCCCCGGGCAGUUCCUUUCUCCGAAAACUGUGUUCUGGGUUCCUUCGCGUCUGCGUGGAUGAGGACGGGAAUGAGAAGAGGCCCGGAGACGUCUGGACGCUGCGUGACCAGUGCCACACAGUGACCUGCCUGCCCGACGGCCAGACCUUGCUGCAGAGUCACCGGGUCAACUGUGACCGGGGCCCCCGGCCCUCCUGCCCCAGCAGCCAGGCCCCCGUCAGGGUGCAGGAGACGUGCGGCUGCCGCUGGGCCUGCCCCUGCGUGUGCAGUGGCAGCUCCACGCAGCACCUCGUCACCUUCGACGGGCAGAACUUCCGGCUGACUGGCAGCUGCUCCUACGUUCUCCUCCGCAACCGGGAGCAGGACCUGGAGGUGACGCUCCACAGCGGAGCCUGCGGCCCUGGGCUGGGGCAGGCCUGCAUGAAGUCCCUGGAGCUGACGCACAAUGGCCUCUCCGUGGAACUGCACAGUGACAUGGAGGUGACGGUGAACGGGAGACUGGUCCCCGUCCCUUACGUGGGGGGGGACAUGGAGGUCGGCAUCUACGGCGCCAUCAUGCACGAGGUCAGGUUUAACCGGCUCGGCCACAUCUUCACCUUCACCCCCCGAAACAACGAGUUCCAGCUGCAGCUCAGCCCCAAGGCCUCCGCCUCCAAGAUGCUCGGGCUCUGCGGUGUCUGCGAUGAGAACGGGGCUGGUGACUUCUUGCUGAGGGACGGCACGGUCACCACCGAUUGGAACAGGCUCCUGGAGGACUGGACGGUGCAGCAGCCGGGGCAGACCUGCCAGCCUGUCCCCCAGGAGCAGUGUCCUGCGUCCAGCAGCUCCCACUGCCAGGUCCUCCUCUCGGCGCUGUUUGCCAAGUGCCACCCCGUCCUCGCUCCCACCACCUUCUUCGACAUCUGCCAGCAGGCCAGCUGCCACGAGGAGCAGGUGUGCGAGGCCAUCGCCUCCUACGCCCACCUCUGCCGCACCAGUGGGGUCUGCGUGGACUGGCGAACCCCUGACUUUUGUGCCAUGGCCUGCCCGCCGACCCUGGAGUACCGGCACUGUGAGCGCGGCUGUCCCCGCCACUGCGAGCCCCACGCGAGCAACGCGAGCGCGUGCACGGAUCGCCCGUCCGAAGGCUGCUUCUGCCCGCCGCGCCACGCCCUGCUGGAGGGCAGCUGCGUCCCUGAGGAGGCCUGCGGCCAGUGCGUGGGCGAGGACGGGGCUCGGCACCAGGUGGGCGUCGGGGCGCAGCAGAAGCGGGGGCGGGGAAGGAGGAGUGCGGCAGCGAGCCCCCCGCCCUCCUGUCCCCCCCACCGGACGCCCACCCUUCAGAAGACCCAGUGCUGCGAUGAGUAUGUGUGCGCCUGCGACUGCGCCAACUCCACGGUGAGCUGCCCGCUGGGGUACCUGGCCACGACUGUCACCAACGACUGCGGCUGCACCACCACCACCUGCCACCCCGACAAGGGCAGUGUGCGUUCCCACCGCGGCACCGUCUACCCCGUGGGCCAGUUCUGGGAGGAGGGCUGCAACACCUGCACCUGCACGGACCUGGAGGACGCCGUGCUGGGCCUGCGCGUGGCCCAGUGCUCCCAGAAGCCCUGUGAGGACAGCUGCCGCCCGGGCUUCACCUACGUGCUGCAGGAGGGCGAGUGCUGUGGACGGUGCCUGCCCUCGGCCUGCGAGGUGCUGACCGGCUCCCGGAGGGGGGACUCCCAGUCUUCCUGGAAGAGCGUGGGCUCCCGCUGGGCCUCCCCCCGGGACCCCUGCGUCAUCCACGAGUGUGUGCGCGUCCACGAGGAGGUCUUCGUGCAGCAGCAGAAUGUCUCCUGUCCGCAGCUGGACGUCCAGGCCUGCCCCCCGGGCUCCCAGCUGGGCUGCCGCACCGAGGGCUGCUGCCCCGUGUGCCGCUGUGAGCCUGUGCAGGCCUGCGUGCUCAACGGCACCAUCAUCGGGCCCGGCAAGAGCCUGAUGAUUGACGUGUGCACUUCCUGCCGCUGCACCCUGGAGGAGGGCGUCGUGCCGCGGUUCAAGCUGGAAUGCAGCAAGACCACGUGCAAGGCCUGCCCGCCGGGCUACGAGGAAGAGAAGGUCCAAGGAGAAUGCUGUGGAAGAUGCCUGCCGACAGCCUGCACCAUUCAGCUGCGGGGCGGACAGAUCCUGACGCUGAAGCGUGAUGAGACACUCCAGGAUGGUUGUGACAGCCACUUCUGCAAGGUCAACGAGAGGGGAGAGUACAUCUGGGAGAAGAGGAUCACCGGCUGCCCUCCCUUUGACAGGCAGACGUGUCUGGCCGAGGGGGGAAAAGUCAUGAAAAUACCCGGGACCUGCUGCGACACCUGUGAGGAACCCGAGUGCAAGGACAUCACUGCCAGGCUGCAGUACGUCAAGGUGGACAGCUGUAAGUCGGAAGUGGAGGUCGACAUUCGUUACUGCCAGGGCAAGUGUGCCAGCAAGGCCGUGUACUCCAUCGACACGGAGGACGUGCAGGACCAGUGCUCCUGCUGCUCGCCCGCGCGCACCGAGCCCCUGCGCGUGCCCCUGCGCUGCGCCAACGGCUCCGUCGUCUACCACGAGGUCCUCAACGCGCUGCAGUGCAGGUGCAGCCCCCGGAAGUGCAGCAAGUGAGCCCCGCGCCCCGGACGCGCUGCCCCCUCAGGGCGCCGC